AUGGCGGCUAGCGCAGUUGAUUCAGAAAUAACGAAAAGUGAUAAAUAUUCCAUUUUAUUGCCUACAUAUAAUGAACGAGAAAAUCUUCCCAUUAUAAUAUGGCUCAUAAUAAAAUAUUUAGAUGGAAGUGGAAUCGAUUUUGAAGUGAUAAUUAUUGAUGAUGGCAGUCCCGAUGGUACGUUGGAUAUUGCCAAACAGUUGCAAGAUAUAUACGGUUCCAAGAAAAUUGUACUUCGUCCCCGAGAAAAGAAAUUAGGAUUGGGUACAGCUUACAUACAUGGCAUAAAACAUGCGACUGGUAAUUUUAUUAUCAUUAUGGAUGCGGACUUAAGCCACCACCCUAAAUUCAUCCCACAAUUUAUAGAGUUACAAAAAGAAAAUGACUAUGACAUAGUUACUGGCACUCGAUAUAUUAAUGGUGGUGGAGUUUAUGGUUGGGACUUCAAGAGGAAACUUAUAUCAAGAGGUGCAAAUUUCUUGACACAGAUGUUACUAAGACCUGGAGUGUCUGACUUAACUGGGUCAUUCAGGUUAUAUAAAAAGGAUGUUCUUCAAAAACUUGUAGAAAGUUGUGUAUCUAAAGGCUAUGUGUUUCAAAUGGAAAUGAUAAUUAGAGCAAGACAGUUAAAUUACAGCAUCGGAGAGGUUCCUAUAACUUUUGUAGACAGGGUUUAUGGAGAGUCUAAGCUAGGUGGAACUGAAAUUGUACAAUUUGUUAAGGCUCUUUUGUAUUUAUUUGCCACAACAUAA